CUUAUUUAUUGGCACAGCCAUGUUUUACAUAGCAAGAAGACUUUAACAGAUGUUUGAUUCUACUAAAUAAAGCCCAGCCUUCUAAUUUGAAUUUUCUGCCAGUUGACUUGCUGGGACAGGCAAUUCAGAUAGCCCAUUGGAGCCGCUGUUCUUGCUUAGGUCCCAAUGCUCCGAUUUAGGCGGCUGCUACAGAGCUCUCCAUUGUUCCUUCGACUCGGACCCCGAUCAUUCCAGCGUGCAGAAGUUGUGAAUGUUCGGCAUGUAAAAUUUAAAAGACCGUGGAUUAGAAAAAUUUUAGAUGAUGAUGACUAUGAUGUUGAUCACCUUGAGUCAAGUCAUGGUGGAAACGGGAUCGGCUCAGAUAAUGAUAAGGGUCAUAAAAAACACGCCCAUCGGGCCGAGACAAUGAACGGAGAGGAUACAUUUUUCAUUCCAUUGGGAUGGCCACGUUUACGAAAAGGUGAUUUCUAUGCAUUGUCAGAUCCGGAGUGGCAGCAAUUUGUCAAGAUAUCCCAAGACAGUCGGAAGCUCGAGUUGCUGAGAGAUGAAUUGGCGGCGAUCGUACUGCAAAGCGCGUCCCAAUCAACUCAAAUUUCACAUAUGCUAGGGAAUCCUCUCACUUUAACGGGAUCUUGGCUGGUACACCAUUUUCCAUCUCGAGCUCCACCUGCAUAUGAAAGAUCGGGUUUAGCAAUUUCUGACACAGGCAUAUCUUGGGUGACAAAGCCAAUAUCCCCAGAAGAUGGGGACAGGCUAUUAAGAUUCAUGCAGCCCUUUUCUAUGGCUCUCGCCAUCCAGGAUGCCUACUCGGUAUUUCUGAAAAGGCAGCUUCACCGACUAAGGAACUUCGCGAAGCUAAAUGGCACACGGCCCUCAAAUCAUUUAACUUCGGUCCCAGACUCGGAGAGAUCGCCACCAGGGCCUAAUCUGAACGAGUUGAGCCAAAUCGUUCAAUCCAAUCCUCGAAAGUCAGAGCCUUCAGAGAAGCGUGAGAGUAGUCACUCAUUGGUAAUUUCAUCUUUGCGGCGACUGCCUUUGCCAGAAUUAGGGCCCGGAUCUGAUUUACAUGAAGCCUCGGUGGCCUUUAAACGACGACUAAAGGAUUCCUGGUCUAAGAAUACACCAACCUCUCGUCGAGGUACCUUCUAUGUUGCCGGUCCUGUAGGUAUUAAAGGCCCCAAAGGGUUUUGCAGGGUUGAAGUACGCGGUGAAUAUGAUCCCGAUACAGCAAACUGGCUGGCGGUGUCAAUGCAGCUUAAAGAUUUGAAUCUUUUCAGCCAAAGAGCGCUUGGUCGCCAAUGAUAUGUACUUUAUUUUCUGUCGGUGGCAUAAAGCCGAGCAGGCGCGUAUGAAUCAGCCUCCAUACCCCUUCAGGGAGGAUACCUGGGAUAAAGUAGCAGGAUAAGUUAGUAUCAGGGUAUAUAUGUGGCAAGUCGAAUCCUUAUUACUCCGUAUAUUUAUCAGAAUUCCAAUUCUAUCACCAGUUGUUGCUGGCAUUUUGGACAUUCCAUACACGUAGGUACUGCGUAAACAAAUGCCGUCAUACCGGGAGGAGUAAGUUAU